AUGAGGUGACGUGUGCCAAGGUAAGCAAGAUAAAUUGUUGAACAAAGUGCACCUGCAGUUGAUUGCUGCUGAUUUUCACCAAGGAGCAGGCUGGAGAGGGCACACUUGCAGAAGCCUUGAUCUCUGGGGGUUCUGAAGGCUGGAAAAAUCACAAAUCCCAAAUUUUUCACCAUGAAGAGUUCCGGAAAUGUCUUCUAUCUUCUCUUCUUUCAUGCUGCUCUCAGCCUGGAACACAUCCGGUGGUGCACUGUCUCUAAGCAAGAACUUUCGAAGUGUAAUGACAUGAGUAAGGCCUUUGGUGGGGCUGGCAUCCUUCCCCCUCUGGAGUGUACAGAGGGGGGGUCAGCUGCUAACUGUACCCAGAUGAUCAAGGAUGAUUUGGCAGAUGCAGUGAUGCUGGAUGGCCGUUCGAUUUACCAGGCUGGAAAGGAGCAUGGUCUGAAACCUGUGGUCGGGGAAGUAUAUGAUCAAGAUAUUGGAACUUCCUAUUAUGCCGUGGCUGUGGUAAGGAAGAACUCCAACAUCACUAUCAACAGCUUGAAGGGUGUCAGUUCAUGUCACACAGGCAUCAACAGAACUGCAGGCUGGGAUGUGCCAGUGGGUUAUCUAGUUGACAGUGGGCGCCUGGCAGCAAUGGGUUGUGACCUUCCAAAAGCUGUGAGUGAGUAUUUCAGUGCAAGCUGUGUUCCUGGAGCAAAUGGUGCAAACUAUCCCAAAUCCCUCUGUCAGCUCUGCAAAGGGGAUUCGGCUGGGCAGAACAAAUGCAAACGAAAUUCCCAAGAGCAAUACUAUGACUACAGUGGGGCUUUCAGGUGUUUGGCUGAAGGUGCUGGAGAAGUCGCUUUUGUGAAGCACAGCACAGUGCCUGAAAAUACAGAUGGAAGAAGUCUUUCUUCGUGGGCCUUGCGGCUUCGCUCCCAGGACUUCCAGCUUCUGUGCCGCAACGGCAACACAGCUGAUGUGACAGAGUGGAGAACCUGCCACCUGGCCCGAAUCCCAGCUCGUGCCGUGGUUGUGCGGCCUGACACAGAUGGGACAGUUGUCUUCCAGCUCCUGAAGCAGGGACAACAAAGAUUUAAUGGGGUAGGCACCAAGUUUCAGAUGUUUGACUCCACAGCCUACAAUGCCCAGAAUCUUCUGUUCAGAGACUCCACCACAGAGUUCAUUGCAAUCACAGCUCAGAAUUACCAGGCAUGGCUGGGUGAUGAGUAUCUUCAUGCCAUGCAAGCUCUGAGCUGCAACCCCAACACAUUGCCAGAAAGCCUGAACUGGUGUGUUGUAUCCACUGAGGAGAUUUGGAAAUGUGGUGAAAUGGCCAUUGCCUUUAAGAAAAAGAAUUUGAAACCAGCAAUUCAGUGUAUUUCAGCCAAAACAAAGGAACAGUGCAUGGAGCUGAUCCAGAAAAAGGAAAGUCAUGCUGUAGUUCUGGGUGGAGCUGAUAUUUACACAGCUGGGAAGACAUAUGGCCUUGUACCAGCUGCUGGAGAAAGUUACUCUGCUGAUGACAACAGCAACGCGUACUAUGCUGUGGCAUUAGUGAAGCGAAAUCUGUCCAAUGCAUUCACCAUCAGUGACCUGAAAGGGAAGAAGUCCUGCCACACAGGACUGGGGAGAACUGCUGGAUGGAAUAUCCCCAUUGGUAUGCUAAUUAAGAGGGGCAUUAUUAAGAUCAGCGACUGCAGUAUUCCUCAAGCUGUGAGUGAGUUCUUCUCUGCCAGCUGCGUGCCUUCAGCUAAGCAGGACAAUUACCCAUCAAAACUCUGUCAGCUAUGUAUUGGAGAUAAUAGUGGAAACAAUAAAUGCAGUGCAAGUAGCCAAGAACGUUAUUACAGCUACAGCGGAGCCUUCAGGUAAUUAAUACAUAUGGUUGUUACUUAG